ACAUCCACCGGUUGUUUGGAUCCAGCUACAGGCCGCCGCAGGCGGACAGAAUCUGAAGCAACAUGGGGUUCCUGCACCAGCUCCACCUCCUCCUGUGGAAGAACAUCUCCCUGAAGAGGAGGGGGCCGUGGGUGCUGGCCUUUGAGAUCUUCAUCCCGCUCGUCCUCUUCUUCAUCCUUCUGGGUCUGAGGCAGAAGAAGCCAGCGAUUCCUGUCAAGGAAGUGUCUUUUUACAGCGCAGCGCCGCUCACCUCAGCUGGCAUCAUUCCUAUCAUGCAGUCGUUGUGUCCAGAUGGACAAAGGGAUGAAUUUGGUUUCCUGCAGUACAAGAACUCCACGGUGACCCAGCUGCUGGAGCGGCUCAGUGAGGUGGUGGAACAGAAUCGACUCUUCAUGUCUGACAGACCUGGGUUGGGUCAGGAGCUGGACACCCUGCAACAGCACCUGGAGAGUCUCAGCUCCACCCCUUUACCACCUGACUACAACUUCAACAAGAGCCAAGGCUUCACUCUGGCCAGCGUGUUAAAGAACCAGACAGUUUUCCAGCAGUUCCUGCUCUCCAAUCUUUCCCUGUCCAACUCCUCAGCCAGCCUUCUGCUCAACACUCCCAUCAGCCUGAAAGAGGUGUACAGUCUGCUUUUUGGUACAUCUCUCGGAGAUGCUGGAGGGACCCAUACUUUGAUUCAUGGAGUGAAGGACAUCAAGCAAAAAUCUGGAGACAAAGUUUUGCAGAUGAAGGAGAAGCUGCUGGGAGGUGUUAACAGUCUGGGUGGAGGUCUGAUACAUGAAGUCUUACAUGAUGCAACAAAAGCCACCCUCAGACAGGCUGCGUUCAGGCUGAUGUUACGGGCGUUGGGCUUCCCCGAAGUCUCAGGAGGCCAAAGAAACAACCAGCAGGAGAUAAAGGAGGUGGAGGGGGUCCUCCUGACUGGAUCCAUGCUGGAGUUCCUCACCUGUGGGGACGGCAGCACCACCGAGCUUAGUAAGAUUCUGUUGGUGGCUGAGAAGCAGCGACCGGUGCUGCAGGCCUAUCACAAGGCAGCAUGCAACGAAGGAGAGGCUCAAAGAUCGGAGCGCUUCAGGCAGCUGAGCCAGGAGCUGAGAGAGCAGAUCAAUGCACACAGUGUUACUGAGAAGCUGCAUCUGGAGGCACCUGGAUCCUUGGUCCCUCUCUCUCAGUCCCAGCUCGGGGGCCUGUUGAAGGAUCUGGCAGAGGUAAAGAGGCUUCUCAAAGACGUAGACCUACUCUCAGGCUUGGCUCGGCUGUUGCCCAAAGGAGCCUGUACUGGUCAAAAUCCAGCAUCCCCAACCAACGUGAGCUGGUCCCUUAACACCACCACUUGUGGGCCCAACAUGACUUACAGCCCUGGAGAGGAAGGGGAAGAGGGUGGAGAGGGGAGAGAAAAAGACCAGGACGAAGCGGAGAACCCUCAUUCCCAGUUUUCAGCAUUUGUGCAACUGUGGGCCGGACUGCAGCCCAUUCUGUGUGGGAACAACAGGAUCAUUGAGCCGGAGGCGUUGAAACAGGGUAAUAUGAGCUCUUUGGGAUUCACCAGCAAAGAGCAAAGGAAUCUGGGGCUACUGGUUCACCUGAUGACUGCAAAUCCCAAGAUCCUCUACUCCCCCAUUGGUUCCCAGGUGGACAAAGUGAUUCAGAAGGCAAAUGAGACAUUUGCUUUUGUUGGGAAUGUGACACAUUACACUCGGAUUUGGUUAAACAUCUCAGCCCAGCUCAGGAAUUUCCUGGAGGAAGGCCGACUGCAAAGCCAUCUGAUGUGGUUGGAACAGCUAUCCUCAGAGCUUCAGCAGCAUCCUGAGAUGCUAAACAGCACAGACAGUGAGCUGAUGCAGGGUCUGAUAGAAGGAAACUACACGCUUCCUAACGCCUCCACCCUGCUGGAGCAGCUAGAUACUAUUGACAAUGCUGCUUGUGGCUGGACACGCUUCAUGUCUAAGGUCAGUGUGGACGUCUUCAAAGGCUUUCCUGACGAGGACAGCAUCGUGAACUACACGCUGAACCAGGCCUACCAUGACAAUGUGUCAGUGUUUGCCAGUGUGAUUUUCCAGACGAAUAGAGAUGGAUCUUUGCCGCCUCAUGUUCUGUAUAAAAUCAGACAGAACUCGAGCUUUACAGAGAAGACUAAUGAGAUACGACGGGCCUACUGGCGACCUGGACCCAACACUGGAGGGAAAUUCUACUUUCUCUAUGGUUUUGUUUGGAUCCAAGACAUGAUAGAGAGAGCCAUCAUCAACACAUUUGUGGGCCAUGAUGUUGUGGAGCCCGGUAACUACGUUCAGAUGUUUCCUUACCCGUGUUACACCAGAGACGAUUUCCUGUUUGUGAUUGAGCACAUGAUGCCUCUCUGCAUGGUGAUAUCCUGGGUUUAUUCAGUCGCCAUGAUGAUUCAGCACAUCGUGGCUGAGAAGGAGCACCGCCUCAAGGAGGUGAUGAAGAUGAUGGGUUUGAACAAUGCAGUGCACUGGGUGGCGUGGUUCAUCACCGGUUUUGUCCAGCUGUCCAUCUCUGUCACUGCUCUCACAGCCAUUUUGAAAUACGGUCGGGUGUUGCUGCACAGCGACCCUGUGAUCAUCUGGCUCUUCUUAACCAUCUAUGCUGUGGCUACCAUCAUGUUCUGUUUCUUGGUGUCAGUGAUCUAUUCCAAAGCUAAACUGGCCUCAGCCUGUGGAGGAAUCAUCUACUUUCUCAGCUAUGUGCCCUACAUGUAUGUAGCCAUUAGAGAGGAGGUGGCCCAUGAUAAGAUCACUGCCUUUGAGAAGUGCAUCGCUUCUCUCAUGUCCACAACAGCCUUCGGCCUUGGUUCCAAGUACUUUGCGCUGUAUGAGGUAGCAGGUGUGGGCAUCCAGUGGCGGACCAUCAGCCAGUCACCCGUAGAAGGUGAUGACUUUAACCUGGGGCUCUCCAUGAUGAUGCUCAUCGUCGAUGCUGGAGUGUACGGCGUGCUCACCUGGUAUAUUGAGGCUGUUCAUCCAGGGAUGUAUGGACUACCGCGCCCGUGGUACUUCCCUCUGCAGAGGUCCUACUGGUCAGGCAGUGGGCGGGUGGAGACUUGGGACUGGCCGUGGUGUGGAGGAGGGGCUUCCAGGCUUAGUGUGAUGGAAGAAGAUCAGGCAUGUGCCAUGGACCAGCGGAGAUCCGAGGAACUGCGAGGCAUCGAGGAGGAACCGAGCCACUUGCCUCUGGUGGUUUGUAUCGACAAGCUAACAAAAGUGUACAAGAAUGGCAGCAAACUGGCUCUCAAUAAGCUGAGCCUAAACCUCCACGAAAACCAGGUGGUUUCCUUCCUGGGACACAACGGUGCUGGGAAGACCACAACCAUGUCCAUCCUGACAGGCUUGUUUCCACCUACGUCAGGCUCCGCCAUCAUUUAUGGCCAUGACAUACGCACUGAGAUGGAGCGGAUUCGUCAGAACAUGGGAAUGUGUCCUCAGCAUAACGUCCUGUUUGACAAGCUGAGUGUAGAGGAACACCUCUGGUUCUACUCCAGACUCAAAGGCAUGGCUGAAGAAGACAUACGCAAGGAGAUGGGCAAAAUGAUUGUUGACCUGGAGUUAUCCAACAAGCGUCAUAGCCUGGUACAGACGUUGUCGGGGGGGAUGAAGAGGAAACUGUCUGUGGCCAUCGCCUUUGUUGGCGGUUCCAGAGCCGUGAUUCUGGACGAGCCCACAGCAGGGGUAGACCCCUACGCCCGCAGGGCCAUUUGGGACCUCAUCCUCAAGUACAAACAGGGCCGGACGAUCCUGCUGUCCACACACCACAUGGAUGAAGCAGACCUUCUGGGAGAUCGCAUCGCCAUCAUCUCGCACGGGAAGCUGAAGUGCUGCGGCUCGCCGCUCUUUUUAAAGAGCACCUAUGGAGACGGAUACAAACUGACGCUGGUGAAAAAACAGCUGGAAGGCCAAGGCCAGGGCAGCCAGCUGCAGUCUCCUUCGUCCGUUUCUCCGUCCUCAUCUUUAUCGCCUUGCUCAGAAGCUCGCGUCACCCAGUUUAUUCAGCAGUUUGUGGCGUCCUGUCUGCUGGUGUCAGACUCCAACACCGAGCUGUCUUACAUCCUGCCCUCUGAGGCCGUCAAGAAGGGCUGCUUUGAGAGGUUGUUCCAGGCUUUGGAGCAAAGCUUAGACAGCCUGGCUCUAACCAGCUUCGGAGUGAUGGAUACCACCUUGGAGGAGGUCUUCCUCAAAGUGUCUGAGGAGGACCAGUCUCUAGAGAACAGUGAUGCUGACAUGAAGGGUUCCCCGGGUGGAAGCUCAGUGGGGAAAUCAUCAGUGGGUUCAGGAGCCCAGGUGGGACCUCAAGCUGAGUCUGGGUCCACGGUGCAGAAGCCGGAGGUGGAACUGAGCAACCUGGUUCUUUGCUCCAAGCUGAGCCAGAGCCAAUCCUCUCUGAAAUCCUCCUCAUCUGUGGGCUCAGUCAGGGGAGAUGAAGGAGGUCUUUACGCAGACUUCUACGGAGACUACUGUCCUCUGUUUGAUAACGACCAGGAGUCUGACUCGGCCAGCUUGAGAGGGAAUGCAGAGAACCCCCCACCCCCAGAGGCAGAAGCACUGGAGGGGCAGGGCAGCUUCAAGUUGGACGGUUGGUGGCUGAAAUUAAGUCAGUUUCAUGGACUCAUUGUGAAGAGGUUCCACUGUGCUAAGAGGAACACCAAAGGUCUUUUCUCCCAGAUCCUCCUGCCUGCCUUCUUCGUCUGCGUUGCCAUGACCGUCGCCUUAUCAGUUCCCGAGAUCGGAGAUUUACCACCACUAAUCUUGUCUCCAUCUCAGUAUCAUAACUACACCCAACCGAGAGGCAACUUCAUCCCUUACGCCAAUGAAGACAGACCCCAGUACAGAAGUAAACUGUCCCCAGACGCCAGUCCACAGAAGAUUAUCACCACACUCCGUCUGCCCUCGGGUGUGGGGGCCACAUGUGUCCUCAAAACCCCCUACAACAGCACCCUGGACCAACUGGCACAAACCCUCAACCCCUAUGCAAACAACUCUAAGACCCUGGCUGCUCAGUACUUUGACUCCAUGUGUCUGGACUCCUUUACCCAAGGGGUCCCAUUGUCCAACUUUGUUCCCCCUCCACCUUCACCAGCUCCUUCAGAUGAUCCAGACCCCCAUUUUGAGGAUGGACUGUGGAACUUCACAGUUGCCCCCCCAACCUCAGCUCAUGAGCCCGUUACGUCUCCGCCAACCCUUCCUCUGUCCAUCCACGAGCCUGUGCGGUGCGUCUGCUCCAUGCAGGGUACAGGCUUCUCCUGCCCCAGCGGUGUGGGAGGACAUCCCCCCCUGAUGAAGGUGGUCACAGGGGACAUCCUGGUGGACAUCACAGGCAGGAAUGUAUCUGAAUAUCUGCUCUUCACAUCGGACAGACUGAGGCUGCACAGAUAUGGGGGUUUAACUGUUGGAAACAUCCAGAAAUCAGUUCCUGCAUCCUUUGGCAGAAAAAUUCCUCCGAUGGUUCGGAAGAUUGCCGUACGCAGAUCAGCUCAGGUUCUGUACAACAACAAAGGCUACCACAGCAUGCCUGUGUACCUGAACGUCCUGAACAACGCCAUCCUGCGAGCCAACCUACCUUCAUCUAAGGGAAACCCUGCUGCUUAUGGCAUCACUCUGACAAACCACCCGAUGAACCGGACCAGCGCCAGCCUCUCUCUGGACUAUCUACUCCAGGGCACUGAUGUGGUUAUUGCCAUCUUCAUCAUUGUGGCCAUGUCCUUCGUGCCGGCUAGCUUCGUGGUUUUCCUGGUGGCAGAGAAAUCCACAAAGGCCAAACACCUGCAGUUUGUCAGCGGCUGUGACCCCGUCAUCUACUGGCUGGCCAACUAUAUUUGGGACAUGCUGAACUACCUGGUACCCGCCACAUGCUGCAUUAUCAUCCUGUUUGUGUUUGACCUGCCGGCCUACACCUCUACAACCAACUUCCCUGCUGUCCUUGCCCUCUUUCUUCUCUACGGGUGGUCCAUCACUCCCAUCAUGUACCCAGCAUCCUUCUGGUUCGAGGUUCCCAGUACAGCCUAUGUGUUCCUCAUAGUCAUCAACCUCUUCAUCGGCAUCACUGCGACCGUGGCCACUUUCCUCCUCCAGCUCUUUGAACAUGACAAGGAUCUAAAAAAGGUCAACAGCUACUUGAAGUCCUGUUUCCUCAUCUUCCCCAAUUACAACCUGGGCCAUGGCCUGAUGGAGAUGGCUUACAAUGAGUACAUCAAUGAGUACUACGCCAAAAUAGGACAGUUUGACAAAAUGAAGUCUCCGUUUGAGUGGGACAUUGUGACUCGAGGACUCGUUGCCAUGACAAUAGAAGGCUUUGUUGGCUUCCUCAUCACCAUUCUCUGCCAGUACAACUUCCUCAGGAAACCCCCGAGGGUCCCGGUUAGCUGCCAGCCAAUAGACGAUGACGACAUAGAUGUGGCCUGUGAGAGAAGAAGAGUGCUGCGAGGAGACGCCGACAAUGACAUGCUGAAGAUUGAAAACCUGACAAAGGUGUACAAAUCCAGGAAGAUGGGUCACAUCCUGGCAGUGGACCGCCUGUGUCUUGGUGUCCGGCCCGGCGAGUGUUUUGGGCUGCUGGGAGUGAAUGGAGCUGGGAAGACAACCACCUUCAAGAUGCUAACAGGCGAUGAAUGCACCACAGGAGGAGAGGCUUUCAUUAAUGGAAACAGCAUCCUGAAGGACCUGUUACGUGUGCAGCAAAGUAUUGGUUACUGUCCACAGUUCGAUGCUCUGUUUGAUGACCUGACUGCCCGUGAACAUUUGGAGCUAUACACCCGCCUCCGUGGCAUUCCCUGGAAGGACCAGGGGAGGGUGGUGCAGUGGGCUUUAGAAAAGCUGGAGCUGUCGAAGUAUGCAGAUAAACCGGCUGGUACUUACAGCGGAGGAAACAAGCGCAAGCUUUCCACUGCCAUCGCUCUGAUUGGGUAUCCAUCGCUCAUCUUCCUGGAUGAGCCAACCACUGGCAUGGACCCAAAGGCCCGCAGAUUCCUCUGGAAUUUAAUCCUGGACAUAAUCAAGACUGGACGCUCUGUAGUGUUGACAUCUCACAGCAUGGAGGAGUGUGAAGCAUUGUGCACUAGACUGGGAAUUAUGGUGAAUGGGAGGUUUAAAUGUCUGGGCAGCAUCCAGCACCUGAAGAACAGGUUUGGAGAUGGCUACAUGAUAACGGUGAGGACCAAGAGCAGCUCCAGUGUAAAGGAGGUGGUACGGUUCUUCAACAGAAACUUCCCUGAAGCCGUCCUCAAGGAGCGGCACCACACCAAGGUCCAGUACCAGCUGAAGUCUGACUGGAUCUCCCUUGCUCAGGUCUUCAGUAAGAUGGAGCAGGUGGUGGAGGUUCUGGGCAUCGAGGACUACUCUGUCAGUCAGACCACUCUGGACAACGUGUUUGUCAACUUUGCCAAGAAGCAGAGCGACAGCUUGGAGCAGCAGGUGGUGUUGCCCACAGGUGGAGGACAGUCCCCAUUACAGUGCAUCCUGAACUUCCUGAGGUCCAGACCAGCCGUCACAGAGCUCAAUGCCCUGAUCAGCGAGGCGCCGGAGGAGCUAGAGACUGAUGACGAUGAAGGACUCAUCAGCUUUGAAGAGGAGCGGGUGCAGCUCUCCUUCAACACUGACACUCUCUGCUGAAAGCCGCCGUCAGCAGGUCAGAGAGACGAGGAUGGUGACGGAGAGGAAAACCUGAUCACGUCUGUCUCUGGGACGUGGGGCCAGACAGCUCCAGAUUUAACCUGGCGAGGACCAAACUGCAGCAGGCUACACAGGCCGGCUGGUCCAGAACCUUCCAGAUGAUCUGCAGCAGGCGGAGGAAUGUUGACUUUGAGAAUGUGUGUGGUCCUGGCUCGUGUAUAUUGCAGGUUUGCUACUAAUGUUAAAAAUGGAGGGUUUUUAAGGAUUUUUUGAUUUAACUUUGCUCAAAGCCUUGACGUAACCAGAGCGGGCCCGUGCUACUCUACCAAACUCAGCCUGCCUUUAGAGCAUGCCGCAACGAUGGAAAUGUAAUAGUCUAUUUUUCUGUGACAAGAAGAAUGAUUUAUUUUAGAUAUCGAAGCAACUGUGUGGUUUAUUUUAGAAGAUUUAGUGAAAGGCAGUGGGCAGGCGUGGAAGAAUUUGUCCUUGAUGUCAAACAUGGAGGGAAUCCACUCCGCUUGGAUCUGUCUAAUAAAUAUUCUUUUGUGGUUUUAACAUCUGAUUUUAUGGUUAAUAAGCUGAGAAACUGUAAAUAGUGACGGUGACGCCAUCUGCUGUGAAGGUAAUGGAUGUUGCGCCUACGACUGCACUACCAUCACUGUGACACUAAACUCAACUCUCGGACCAGAAUGAAAACUGACUCCAUGUUUUAUGAUUUGAAGAUGAUCCAGAAACAUGUACUGGUAUCUGCUACAUUUACAGAACAUGUCUUUAUGAAUAUUUGUUGGCUUGUGCUUUUAAACGGCCUUUCUCUUCGGUUCUGUGUUAUGUGACUUAUUUCACAGCUAAUUCACUCUACAUUUUGGUGAUUAAUAUGGUGUGUUUUACUUUUUCUUGUUUUCUACAUGAGGUGAUUAAACGAGGAAAACUGUUCAUUGUAUGAGAAUGUUAAGCUGGUGGGACAUAAAUUAUUGUUUGCAUAGAUUUGAUUGUAAAAUACAGUGAAACACUGAUUACCACAGAUUUCUUUUUAGAGCAUCUGAAGAUCUGUCUGUGAUCAUUGGAGAAAUGAAGCUCUGAAGUUUUUCUUCUUAAAACAAUACAUAUAAGAAUCAGGGAUGAGUUUAAUCACAAACCAAAAUGAAUCAGUAGGGCAGUAAUUCAUGUCACCAGCAGCCACUGGGCUUAUGUGCAAUCAACGAAAAGUUUUGCUCGUUAUUUACAGUGAAGUUCUGGAUGUUGUGGGGAUGUAAAGCAUCAGAUUCUGCACAAAAUGUGUGACGUUGACAUUAAAGUUCCUCUAUGAUUAAACUUGUUUCAGAGCUC